CAUUACCCACGAGAUUGUACUACCUGCCUAGUACUACUACACUAACAAUACAGCUACAACGGUAGGUACCUUGAAUAUUUACCAAGACGGACACUUCGUCAUCUCUACUUAUAUUUCAGAUCCAUCAGAUCCAUCAUCUUUUCAUAAUCCAUUAACACCAUCACUAUUACUUCUUCCAGCUUUUGCAACUGUAAGGUUACUAUUUUUGCGAUCAUCCUCUGCUCGGAUCGCAAAUCGCAGAAUAAUUAAGUUCUAAACAGCUUCUUUCUGGCUUACAAUAAAUACGACUUCUUGUCCCACACCCCUCUUCCCACAAGGCCAACAAACAACUGGGGGAUCUCUUAAAACUGCACAACAAUGUCUGGAUUAUCAUGGGAUUAUAUUGCGAAGCUCGUCUGUAUCGGCGAUAGUGGGACUGGAAAAUCAUCGCUCACAAUUCGACUUUGCGAAGGUCGUUUCUCUCCACAUCAUGAUGUUACUAUUGGAGUCGAAUUCGGUUCGAGAAUCAUCCCAGUUGGUCCGCCGAAUUCAGAAGGAUUUAAACCAAAAUCGAGUACCCUAGACGAAGUGCCAGUAUCUAAAGCUUCAGCUGCAGCAUCGGACGUUCCACAGAAACAUAUGAAACUCAGUUUAUGGGAUACAGCAGGUCAGGAAACUUAUAAGAGUGUAACGAGGAGUUAUUUUCGUGGAGCUUCAGGCGCAUUGCUUGUAUUUGAUAUCUCGCGACGACCGACAUUUGAACAUGUUACCGACUGGUUACAUGAUUUGCGACAAAUUGCAGAGCCGGAUAUAGUUGUCGUGUUGGUAGGGAACAAGAGUGAUUUGGCGACGGGCGAGGAGAAUAAACGAGAAGUUACCGUGGAGGAGGCAGAAGCCUGGGCUAAACGAAAUGGUGUAUUGGAAUAUGUCGAAACAAGUGCAAAGAGUGGUGAAGGUGUUGAGAAUGCAUUCUCAAGAGUGGCAGAAAGGAUAUAUAUGAACAUCGAAGCAGGGAAGUAUGAUUUGAACGAUAGGAGGUCUGGUGUUAAAGGUCCUGGUUAUGGAGGUUCUAGAACAAAUCUUAAGUUGGCUCCCCAACAGGCUACUGGCGGUGGAUGUUGUUGAGCGAAGGAGAUAUGGGAGCAUACAGAUAUCAACCUCUGAUAGGUAUACGACUCUAAGCCUUUGGUUGACUGUAGGGUAGGCCUCCCGGGAGGAUUUGUAUAUAUUCUGGUGCAGGACUGGAUAGUCUUAAAUAACAUGUAUGAUAGGAAGAGUCUAAGAGACUUUGGAGAGUUUACUUGAAGAUACCCAAAGCGUGAGGAUGAUAUUAUGAUCAUGAACAUAGCAACAUAGCAUUGAAUUCGACUUUU